AUGCACACCAGCGAAUACGAUUACCUCUUCAAACUCCUCCUGAUUGGCGAUUCCGGUGUGGGCAAGUCGUGCCUGCUCCUGCGUUUCGCGGACGACACGUACACUGAGAGCUACAUUAGCACCAUCGGUGUCGACUUCAAGAUUCGCACCAUCGAACUUGAGGGCAAGACAGUGAAGCUGCAAAUCUGGGACACUGCCGGCCAGGAACGAUUCCGCACGAUCACGUCUUCGUACUACCGUGGUGCCCAUGGUAUUAUUGUGGUUUACGACGUCACCGAUAACGACACCUUCACAAACGUCAAGCAAUGGCUGCAAGAAAUUGAUCGGUAUGCGUCGGAGGGUGUCAACAAGUUGCUUGUUGGCAACAAGUCAGAUAUGACGAACAAGAAGGUCGUAGAAUACAGCGUCGCCAAGGAAUUUGCGGACCAGUUGAACAUUCCGUUCCUCGAGACUUCGGCAAAGAACGCCGUUAACGUAGAGCAGGCCUUCCUGACGAUGGCCAAGCAAAUCAAGGAUCGUAUGGGCGCCACUUCAUCAACCUCGGGUGGCACUGGCAAGUCAACGACCAUCACACCGGGUCAAACCGUUCAGCAACAGUCUGCUGGCGGGUGUUGUUAA